AUGCUCACGGAGAGCUUCGUUGCGGCAACGCUUGCUGCAAACAGAGUUCCCGCUCAUACUACCGCCGCGCUCAAGGACGUAGGCAUAUUUCUGCACGAGUUCCAACCACAGAGCACGCUCCGUCAUGGAUUCAAGAAGUCUUCGAGUCAAGGGGGUUGCGUUGCCACCAGUGACUCGCACGUCUUCGCAGCCCAAGCAGACAAGGCGGUGGUGAAUGUCUACAACAGAGAAAGAGGCACCCAGGAAGCAACAGUGCCAUUCCCUGACCGAAUACACAGCGUCGCAUAUGCCAAAUCGGCCGACAUCCUCGUUCUAGGCACAGAGGGUGGGAAAUUGAUACUGUGGGAGCUGGCCACAGGCAGAGUAACGAAUUCUUCCGCGUCUCAUCUGCAAGCCGUCUCACGUCUCUGCAUUACCCCCAAGAAUGAAUACAUCCUUUCUGGCUCUGCUGACUCGAGUAUCCACCUAUGGUCUCUAGCAAGACUCGUUUCCUUUGAACCGCUGUCAGAUAGCUAUGGCUCCGAGGAACCCUCGAAUGCCCCCGCCAAAACUUUCUCUGGACAUCGAGCCGCCAUUACUGCCCUUGCUUGUGGACAUUCCCUCAUCUCCACCAACUUUGCAGUAUCAGCCUCCGAUGACGGCACUUGCUACAUUUGGCAUAUCUCAAGCUGUCAGGCUCUUCGGACGCUGUUGUUGCCGUCGCUCCCGGUGUCCAUCACCCUUGACCCAGCAGAUCGAGCAAUCUACUUUGGAUGCAACGAUGGGCGGAUUCAAGCGUGGAAUAUUUUCAUGCAUGCAGCAAAAUCGAAUGUGCCUCUGGCCGGCUCUUCGCAGCUCCCACCCAUACAGCUUCUGGAGAAGGACAGCUGGUCAGCGCCGUCCGCAGACCUCGGAUCGGCGAAUUGCCUGACCAUCUCAUACGACGGGACAUCUCUACUGUCCGGACACGCCAACGGGGCCAUCAUUCGCUGGGACGUGGCCAAACAUCGCAUCCUCAACGAAAUAGCAAACCUGGGGCAACCUGUCACGAACAUUUCGAUGCUCAAUCCCGAAGGAUUUCCAAAUCAGAGGGGGCCCAAAUAUGUCAUCCCACAAGUCAUCAAGCCAAAUCUCGAAUUUGCGUCCACGAGAAAUAAUGGUACGUGCGGUGUUCCUGCCACAUACAGCCACCAUGUCAUGAUCACGAACUCGAUGCCUGAAUCAGAGCACGAUGAGUUUGAGCUCGCUCUCACUGGCCCCGGUAUCUCGCAGACCAUGCUCGAUGCAGCCGUUCCUUCUCUCACUAUGGGGAGUGCUCCGCAAGCACUGCCCUCCACGGACAUCACCGCUCUCGCAAAGACGGAAAGGCUAGAGGAGGAGAUCACAAAGCUUAAGGAGCAACUCGCUGCAAUACACAAUGUCGAAGAGAAACGCAAAGCUAGAAAGUUGGCUAGAAUCGCAAAGCGUGACGAGCUGGGCAUGAAGAAGCGGGAAGCAUACUUCGAGGCCAAGAAGCUAGGAAAGGAUGGAGAUGCAGCGAUGAAGGGUUGGGAGCAGAAGGAGGCCGAGGUGGAUGAAGAGAGUGAUGAAGAAGCGCUGGAGGAUGCUGAUCAGAUGGAUAUCAGCUGA